AUGAACGUUCCAGCCCCUGUGGAGAUCUCUUAUGAGAACAUGCGUUUUCUGAUAAUUCACAACCCUACCAAUGCUACUCUCAACAAGUUCACAGAGGAACUUAGGAAGUAUGGAGUGACAACUGUGGUUCGAGUGUGUGAUGCUACUUAUGAUAAAGCUCCAGUUGAAAAGGAAGAAAUCCAUGCUCUAGAUUGGCCAUUUGAUGAUGGAGCUCCACCCCCUAAUCACAUUGUAGAUGAUUGGCUGAACCUGUUAAAAUCCAAAUUUCGUGAAGAGUCAGGUUGCUGUGUUGCAGUGCAUUGUGUUGCUGGCUUGGGAAGGGCUCCUGUGCUGGUUGCGCUUGCUUUGAUUGAAUGCAGAAUGAAGUAUGAAGAUGCAGUUCAGUUUACAAGACGAAAAAGAAGGGGAGCAUUCAAUUCCAAACAGCUGCUUUACUUGGAGAAAUACCGACCUAAGAUGCGAUUACGCUUCAGCGAUACCAAUGGGCAUUGCUGUCAGUAG